CCCCCCGUGGCAACGAUCCUGGGUCCCUAACAGCUGAAGAAUCGGGUGAUGCCCUCAGCCCACGGGUGGACAGGUGCUGUCAGUAUCCAGCACAGUAAGCCAUCUCUUGGUGCCCCCAGGAAGCAUUUCUGGGGUGAAUGUGGAAUGACUGACCAUGUGGACACUGUCCAGAUUUCUUGGAAUCUCUGUGGAGUCCCAGGACCAGACCUCAUAGUGAAGGCUGCAGGAUCUCCUUCUAACCCCAGCAGCUCUGGCUGAGUCCACAGAUGCCCUCCUGACUUCAAGCUCCUGGUAGGAGCUGAGUUGUCAGCAAGAGCCCCAGGGCUGAGGCUCAGCAGGAACAUGCCAACCAACCAGAAUUCUCCCCCAUGGACCACGGCCCUGGCUGCAGAGGGACAUGGCAGGUUGAGUGAGGUCUCAGUGUCAUUCGAGGAUGUGACUGUGGACUUCAGCAGGGAGGAGUGGCAGCACUUGGACCCUGUUCAGAGGUGCCUAUACCGGGAUGUGACACUAGAGAACUAUAACCACCUGCUCUCAGUUGGGUACCAAGUUCCCAAACCAGAGGUCAUCUUCAAGUUGGAGCAAGGAGAGGGACUGUGGACAUUGGAGGGGGAAACCCCACAUCAGAGCUGUUCAGAUGAAGAUAUUGGGCAAACCCAACAACAGAGAGUUUCUGGAGAAGUUUUAUUCUACUGUGAGAAAUUUGGUCAAUCCAUAGAAGAUUCAUUGUGUUCCAUUUUAGAAUUGUGGCAAGAUAAUGACCAGCUAGAGAGAGAUCAAGAAAAUAACCCUGUAAGUCAUGUGAAAGCAUUCAUUAAAGAGAGUGGCUAUGAAUGUAAAAACUUUGAAAAACUAAUUCAUAUGAGUACCAAGAUUGUUCCUUCAAUUAAAAGACUCCAUAACUAUGACACAUUUGGAAAGGGUUUGAAGCAUACUUUAAACUUACAUAAUCAUAAUAAAAGCAAUGCAACAAUGAGCCUUGAUAAGAUUUUUGGAAAUGGCAACAAUUUCGCUCAUAGCUCUUUCUGCACUAAGAAUGACAAUACUAAUACCGAAACAAAUGCUUGUGAACAUAAUCAAUGUGGGAAACAUCUUGGCCACAAACAAGCUCUCAUCCACCAUCAGAAAAUUCAUAUCAGGAGGAAGCUUUGUGUGUGUACUGAGUAUGUGAAGAGCUUUGCCCAGAAGUCAGAUCUCUUUGCACAUCAGAGAAUUAAUGCUGGAGAAAAAUCCCAUGAAUGUAACAAAAGUAAUAAAGUCUUCACUCAGAAGCCCCAAAUUGAUGUAGCUCAGAGUGUUUAUACAAGAGAAAAAUCCUAUACAUGUACUCAUUGUAAGAAGGCCUUUACUCUCAAGUCCAACCUCAUUACACAUCAGAAAAUUCAUACUGGGCAGAAAGCCUAUAAAUGCAGUGAAUGUGGAAAAGCCUUUUUCCACAGAUCGUAUCUCUUUAGACAUAUGAGAAUUCAUACAGGAGAAAAACCUUAUGAAUGCAGUGAAUGUGGAAGGGGCUUCUCCCAAAAUUCAGACCUCAGUAUUCAUCAGAAAACUCACACUGGAGAGAAACUCUAUGCAUGCAGUGAGUGUGGGAAAGCCUUCACAAGACAAUCAGCACUCAGGAUGCAUCAGAGAAUUCACACAGGAGAGAAACCCUAUGUAUGCACUGAAUGUGGGAAGGCCUUCAUCCAGAAAUCACAUUUCAAUACACAUCAGAGAAUUCAUACUGGAGAGAAGCCUCAUGAAUGCAAUGACUGUGGGAAGUCAUUCACUAAGAAGUCACAACUCCAUGUGCAUCAAAGAAUUCACACAGGAGAAAAGCCCUAUAUAUGCACAGAAUGUGGGAAGGUCUUUACUCAUAGGACAAACCUCACUACUCAUCAAAAAACUCAUACUGGAGAGAAACCCCAUAUGUGUGCUGAAUGUGGGAAGGCUUUCAGUGAUCAGUCAAAUCUCAUUAAACACCAGAAAAUUCAUACUGGACAGAAACCCUAUAAAUGCAAUGGUUGUGGAAAAGCCUUCAUAUGGAAGUCACGCCUCAAAAUACAUCAGAAAUCUCAUAUUGGAGAGAGACACUAUGAAUGCAAUGAGUGUGGGAAAGCCUUUAUCCAGAAAUCAACACUAAGUGUGCAUCAGAGAAUCCAUACAGGAGAGAAACCCUAUGUUUGUCUUGACUGUGGGAAGGCCUUCAUCCAGAAAUCACAUUUCAUUGCACAUCAUAGAAUUCAUACUGGAGAGAAGCCUUAUGAAUGCAGUGACUGCAGAAAAUGCUUCACUAAGAAGUCACAGCUCCGUGUGCAUCAGAAAAUUCACACAGGAGAGAAACCCAAUAUAUGUACUGAAUGUGGGAAAGCCUUCACUGACAGGUCAAAUCUCAUAACACACCAGAAAAUCCAUACUAGAGAGAAACCCUAUAAAUGCAGUGACUGUGGAAAAACCUUCACCUGGAAAUCACACCUCACCAUCCAUCAGAAAUCUCAUACUGGAGAGAGACACUAUGAAUGCAGUAAAUGUGGGAAAGCUUUCAUCCAGAAAGCAACACUAAGUAUGCAUCAGUUAAUUCACACAGGAAAGAAACCAUAUGCUUGUACAGAAUGUCAGAAGGCUUUCACUGACAGAUCAAAUCUCAUUAAACACCAGAAAACUCAUAGUGGAGAAAAAAAUUAUAAAAGCAGUGACUGAAAAAAAGCCUUCAGCUGGAAAUUGUAAUCAGGUAUGCAUCAGAUGGCUCAUAGUGGAGAAGAGGAGUGCCUGAUGACAUAAUCAUUGUGUAUGGGGAAAUAGAUGCGACAGACUACAGGUGAAGUGGACAGAAAGCAAACAAAGCCAAGUAUCCCCCAAAACCAAAUAACUACAUUACCACAGUUAAUACACAAUUUUAUGUGUAGGGAGACUCUUCAAUAAAACCUUUUGACAAUAGUCCUGUUUGGUUUCAUGACCCAUGCAGGGGCUCUCAAGCUCCUGUAAAUAGUAGAAAUAGGGACCCCAGAAGAUGAUUUUUAAUCUCUUAUGUUUCACUUUUUGAAUAAAGAACUUUAUAAAUUUA